ACAUGAAUCUAUGAAGAAAUCGAUGUUGUGGGCUAAUGAUUGCCAACUGGAAAGAAGAGGUUCUGUAUGAAUAUCCAAGUGAUCUGAAUGAUCAUUGCCUGCAUUCCCAGGGCUGUGGUGGUUUCUUUCUUGUAGUCCUGUGACCAGUAUUGGCAUUGUCAUGCUCGUGCUAUUGCUGCUACUGUUGAGUUUCAACCAAGCAGCAGCAGAAGCAGAAAGUAAGGGACUGCUCUCGGACUUUUUCACUGACUUAGCUGAAGGUAUAGCUGAAGGUAUAGCUGAAGGUAUCAUAGCAGCAAUUAAUGAGACAGACAAUGAGUAUGAGGAGGAAUCUUAUGAUGAUAUACCCGAAAUAAACCUUGACUGGCUGUUUGGCCUCUUGGAUGAAGUAGAUGAGUGUGAUCCAAAUCCCUGUUACAACAAUGGUACAUGUGAGAAUGAUGGUGAUGGUGAUUUCAAGUGCAUUUGCCCUCUGCCGUUUAAGGGCAAAAGAUGUCAAGAUGUUAUAAACAUGUGUAAGAAUGUCAAAUGCGGCCGUGGCGAGUGCGUUCAUAUUAAUGAAGAGCCUUUUUAUGAGUGCAAGUGUACCGCCCCCUUCCAGCCUCCCAAGUGCAAGAAAGCCUCAGCCUGUAAUCCCAGUCCCUGUUUGAAUGGUGGAACAUGUGUAAAGGGUCGUGCAAGGGCUAAAUUCCACUGCAAGUGUCCUAAAAACUACAGUGGAAAGUUCUGUCAAGUUGGUCCUGAUGAUUGCUAUGAGGGAGAUGGGGCAUCAUACAGAGGUUUCGUCAGUGAAACAGUGUCUGGACAUGACUGUCUGCCUUGGAACUCUUACCUAAUAAUGCAGUUCGGUCCUUUCGAUGAUGAUGAAGAUGUAAAAGAUGAUGGAAUCGGACCUCAUAACUAUUGCAGGAACCCUGAUGGGGAAAGCCAGCCCUGGUGCUUCAUCAGAUACAAAAACAAGUUGCGAUGGAAUGACUGUAGUGUCCCACGCUGCCCUGAACCAGUAUCUCCAACUGAACCAACUACUGGUGGAAAGUCAGGGCCUCAUGCAAAGGCGGAGUUCUCUGAGUGUGGAAAGCCAUGGCCAAGUAGAAUUACACCUAGGAUCUUUGGUGGGAGGAAGUCCAAGCCUGGAGCUCAUCCCUGGCAAGUUUCUUUGCAGGUGCGCCCCAGAAAUAGCACUGAUGACUUCAGUCACUUUUGUGGCGGGAUUCUCCUCAACUCCUGCUGGGUCCUCACUGCUGCUCACUGCAUAGGAACCACAUUGGAGAUGCAGGUGGUUCUGGGUGGGGUGGACCUGGAGAAGCAUGAGGCAGCAGAUCAGACUGUGGAGGUUGAAGAUUAUAUCAUGCAUGAGAACUACACAGAAACUGGCGAUGCCUUAUACAAUGACAUAGCCCUGCUCAAACUGAAGACUGUGUCUGAAGAUGGACUUUGUGCCAGAGAGACCAGGUUUGUUAAAGCUGCCUGUCUGCCCCCUGGCCCUUUUCCUGAUGGGAUAGAAUGCACUAUAUCAGGCUAUGGAGUCACUGAGAAAGAUGAGAGCGGUUCCAGUCAGUUGCUGGACACAAAAGUUCUCCUGAUCAACCAGAGCCGCUGCAUGGAUCCUGAUGUUCUUGGUGAAGUGCUGGAUGACAGCAUGGUCUGUGCUGGACGAAUGCAAGGAGGGAUUGACACCUGCCAGGGAGAUUCUGGUGGCCCCCUGAUCUGUAAGCAGAAUGACACACAUUAUGUCUAUGGAGUGGUGAGCUGGGGUGAUGGCUGUGGCAAGAAGAAUAAACCUGGCGUUUAUGCCCGUGUCACCCACUUCAUUGAGUGGAUCAAUGAAAAGAUGCGCUCCACAUAGAGUUGCAAUACACAUUACAUGCAUGCAUUAUUGACUGUGUUUUAUUAAGCUCAUCAGACAAUUGAUAGAAUAGCAUAGUUUUCAAAAACCUUUAUUUUUGGAUCCCCUUGUCAUAAAUCAUAUAUCAAGCAUGUACUCUUAUUUGAGCUUAUAUCUGUAGCUAUCGGCAUACUCAAAAAGCUGAACCUGCCAGGCAUAAUGUAUACUGUAUCAAACAUCUCUUAAAUAUAACUCUUCUGCCAUUUGCAGUCUAAAAUAAUAAUAGUCCACCGGUGACAUACAACCCAGCUAUACAUUUGACUUCCAGUGCUACAAUGAAAUAAAGUUUUCCAGCUAUUUCAAAAUAAAUAAA